CUUUCCCAAACACUGAAUUUCCAUGAACAAGAUAACCGUUGAUGCAAACUUGAACCGCGGAAAGAGUGCGGCUGAGCAGUUAGCAUGGCAGCAAUUGAUGAACAGUUCGUUCGUCACUGGUAAGCUCAGGUUGUACAUAUGAGCGGCUGAAAGAACCUGUACGACGACAUUAUCUCGCGACUCCAACGUUACAGAUACAGAUCAAGUAGCAGACCUCUUAAACGCCGUCCACACCAACACUAGUUCCGUUGAUCAGCACACUUCGAUUGCAUCGCCUCCUCAAGAUGUUUUUCACAUUACCCUCCACCGUACUGCUUCUCGCAGCUAACAUACUGUUGUGCGCCAACGCAUUAUCAACUCCAACACCGAAGGUCCUAGCUGGUGGCCCAUCAGCUGUCCCCAUCCCAUCGAACUGCACUGUCACCAACCUCACACUCACACUAGGACAGAUGCGCAACGAAUCUUACCUCCCAACAGCGGACGCCAAAAACGAUAUCCUCUACUCUACAUACUAUCCUUCGCCUUCCACAAACAUAACGACGAUGUCUCUGCAAUGUCUUCAGCAGUGCCACGGAUAUGGUGACGGAAGCCAAUGCAAGACAGCUUUCUGGGCAGAGAAGAUGCCGGUUCCAGAAGGUUACUGCGGAAGUUCUGGGGGACAGCUAGAGACAGCUUGCUUAUUCUUUACCCGGGUGCUGGAAGAUCAGGAUUUCAUGCUUGCGCCGGAAGGCCAGGCGCCGGAGGCUUUCGCUUGGAGCUUGCAGUGCUAAAUAAGAACGAAGAAGACCAAAGGGUUUUGGGUGGCACUGUACAUUGUGCAAUGGAAGGACGAGUGUAGCAUGGUCUGGGUGGAGUCAAUUGUAUGCAAGUAGCCGCCUGAUGGCUAACGAGAGUAUCAAUAGUACAACUGGGAGUGUCUGGAUUUGCUUUGUUAAUGCUCUAUCUCGCCUAUCUAGUCAAGGUACCUACUGUUUUCCCGGCCCCCAUCUCGAUCAGCUC